AGAGUCUCAUUUUACAUGGCUGGAGCACACGAGGAUGAAGAAAUUAGUUUCCCUGCCAUAUUUGGUGUGUCUAUCUCUUUUCCAGGAGGGGUUAAAAGGAAAAUGAAGCCCACCUUCUCCUUGUGCUUAUUGCUGGCUGGUUUGUGUGCUGCUGCCCAGUGUCAUCAGCGCCCUCGCUACCGCAGUAAGCAGGAUGAUCCUAAAGGAGCAUAUUACCCAGGUCACAGUUCUCAUGGGGAAGGAGCUUUUCCAGAUAAAAACAGAACUUUUGUCAAACUAGCUCCCAGCAAUGCUGAUUUUGCAUUUUCAUUUUACAAGCUGGUUGCAUCCGAGGCAACUGAUCAAAAUAUUUUCUUUUCACCCAUAAGCAUCUCUGCUUCCUUUGCAAUGCUGGCUCUGGGUGCCAAGUCAGCAACGCUGACGCAGAUUCUGGAAGGGCUUGCCUUUAACCUGAAAAAGACUCAGGAGCAGGAAAUACAUGAAGGUUUUUGCCAGCUUCUCCACAUGCUGAACCGUUCAGAUGGUGAUCUCCAGCUGAGCCUGGGCAAUGCCCUUUUUAUAGAAGAGAUGUUAAAACCACUACAGAAGUUCUUGGAUGAUGUCAAAAGCUUUUAUGAGUCUGAAGUCUUUUCUACUGACUUUAACAACUCCUCUAGUGCUGAGAAUCAGAUCAACAGUUAUAUUGAGGAAAAGACAAAUGGGAAAAUUAUUAAAUUAGUGGAAAAUCUUGAUCCUCUCACUGCAAUGGUUCUUGUUAACUAUGUCUUCUUUAAAGCCCAUUGGGAGAAACCCUUCAGUGCUUUAUAUACACAACAAGAGGAUUUUUUUGUGGAUGAGAAAACAACUGUAAAAGUUGACAUGAUGUAUCGGAAGGGUUACUACAGAAAUUACUUUGAUGAAGAGCUGUCCUGUUGGCUGGUUCAGAUACCUUACAAUGGAAAUGUUGCAGCAUUAUUUGUUUUGCCUGAUGAAGGGAAGAUGAAACAGGUGGAAGAUGCUCUCUUGAAAAGGACCAUGUCCAAAUGGGUAAAGUUCCUCCAAGAUAGAAAAAUACAUCUGCACAUACCAAAAUUUUCUAUUUCUGGUACCUAUGAUGUGAAAAAGAUAGUCAAACAAAUGGGUAUGAUUGAUCUAUUCACUGAACACGCUGAUCUGUCAGGAAUUACUGAGGAGCCUGGACUGAUACUUUCAAAAGUGAUCCACAGAGCUGUGGUAAAUGUUCAUGAGAAUGGCACUGAAGCAGCGGGAGCCACAGUGAAGGAGAUCACCUGGAGAUCUGGCGAUUUUCCCCGUCCACCUCGAAUCAAAUUCAAUAGGCCCUUUCUCCUGACAAUUGUGGAUAAGUAUACCCGCACCGUCCUCUUCAUAGGGAAAAUUGUAAACCCUCUGAAAAAUAACUGAUUGGACAUGCACCACUGCACAUUGCUGGCUAAUUCCUGUGAUGCAGUAAAACAUUUCUGUACACCACUGUGUACUAGUGCUUGUUUUGCAAUUAUCAUUAUGUACAUUUCUAAUCCCUUAAAAGACAAAAACUACUUUUUCCUUGUCCAAAAGACAUUGGUAUUUCUCCCGUCUACCACUGCAUAUAGCUUGUAGUGUUGAUGAAGUACAAGUCACCUUUCCACCUUUUUUUGUAAGAAGCGCUUCCUGACAUGCUGCAGUGGGGUACGUGAGGUGGGCUGAAGUCCCUUGGAUGAUGUAGCUAUUGCUGUACACUCAGAUUGUGUGUGUGGGAGGGCAGGAGAAGGGAAAUGGGGAAAAGGAAAUGGGAGGUGUAAGUCCUGUCAGCUUAAUCCACCAACCUUUGGUAACUGAUUUAAAUGCAGAUUUCCUCAAUAUUGGUGUGAAUUUCCUUUUUUUUUUUUUUUUUUUUUUUUUUUUGAUGGAAUGAGGUUGGAAGAUUACUGACUGGGACAUUGGAAUACACUAGGAUGAGAAGGGUUGAUCACCGUGGUUGUUUUAGCUUGCUUCCCUGUCUCCUUUGUGGAAACCUUCCUCAUGCAGACAAGAAAGUUGGUUUGCUUUACUGGGGUAUUGCCAGUGCCCUGAGAUAAAAUAAAUGGUGGGGCAGUCCAUGUCAUAGCACUAGUUUACUUUUUAUGGAUUUAUUGUUACUGUCAUUUCCCAUUUCUCCUACUGAUGCCACCGUCACUGCCACGCUUUCCAGCUAGACAUGGCAGACUAUGGUAGAGAAGAGGAGGAAUGAAAAAUUAUAACUACAGAAAAAUUCUAUUUUCUCACUGGGAAGAGCAAAGCUUUCCUAGGUUCUGUUAACCUGCAUUAAGCUCAGAAAGCUAUCAUAGACACACAUGCAAAAUGCAGGUAAUAUUUGAUAAGUCACUUUCUAAGUAUUAACAGUGGAUUACUGUUAUAGAAUAAAGACAUACAGUUACUUGAAAUUUGUCAUUUUUCAUUCAAAGUUGCAUCAGCCUAAUUUAUUGUUAUUGUAUUGUGUUGCUUUAUAGUGAUUCUUGGUCAAUAGAAUUUUAACAUACCAGAUAUGCCAGGUAGUUGUGGUAUUAUGAAAUGAAGGAAACACAAAUCAGUAAAUAUUUAAAUUAUUUUAUUCUUUACUUUUUAAAAUUAGCAUCCUUAACACAUCCUAUUAAAAUAUAGAAAGCCAACAGAAGCACUUAAAUUACAGAUUGAUUAGAUCUUUUGCUAUAGAGUAACUCAAACUGGU